AUGAGUGAGGCAUCGCAACCUGGUAGCCACUCUCCACCUAGCGUAACCGCAGCGUCGCAUCCAGUGAAUCAAGAAGUGCAAAGCAUCACCAAAGAGGUUAACUUUAAAGUGUUAUCUGUGAUGGCUUUGGACACAAUCAUUGGUUAUAAUGCUUAUCAGUCGUUGGCAACCGACCAGUGGAGUCAACAAGCUGUGGAGACGAUCACAACAAAUUUGGUUAAACUUAAUAAGCCGUAUAAGUACGUUGUGACCUGUGUUAUCAUGCAAACGGGUGCGGGUGCUGGUCUGAGUGUUUCGAGCACGUGCUAUUGGGAUAAGACGUCGGAUCGUAUGUGUUGUUUUGUUGGUUAUUUGUAG